GUAACUUCACUAGAUCAUGGUUUAGUAAUAUUUAAAUCAGUAUACUGCGUGAUUUUUACAACAUCACCGCAAAAACCUUCUGGGUUCCUAUUAGGAAUCAGCCACCAGCCACCAGCCACCAACCACCAAUAAAACUACCAACACAGGGGUCAGUGCCUCACAGCGAAGAACAGUGAAGAACAGUGAAGCUGCAGCAAAGCAAAAGCCCAAGAAAAUUAUUUCAUUACAAGGUUUACUGGAUCUCUUCAGCUCAGUGAAAAUGCCGCUACCUGCUAUCAAAACAGACUCGAAGUCACCCGGGAUUGUCCAGAUGAUGAUCGGAGUUGUGAUACUUUCAUUCGGUUUUCUGUUAAACAAUGUUCCGUUAAACAAUGUUCCGUUAAACAAUGUUAAGUUAGGCGAUGUUUCGUUUACAGAUUUUUUCUUUCCGCCUAACAAGCUUCAGCCUGACAAUGUUCAGCCUACCAGUGUUCAGCCUUUGUGUGUCCGUUCCAAGGCUAUGUACUGGGGGUCAAUUUGUUUUCUCAUCGCUGGUUCUCUGUCGGUUGCUGCUAUGAAUUAUCGUAAUCCCUUCGUGGUGAAAUCCACGCUGGUGAUGAACCUUCUCAGUGCUCUGGCUGCAGUUCUAGUCAUCAUUAUGUUGUCUGUUGAUCUGAAGGACUGGAAAUCAGAAAUGUCUUUAAUACUCAACUAUGUAGGUCAACUGUGUAGGCUCAGCAAUGGCUGUCCUGAGUUAAGCAUAUUAGAGGCAAUACAAGGAACAUUCAUAGUGCCCCUGGCUUUCUCUAUACUUGAGGUCUGCAUGGCCAUCUGGACGUUUGUACUUCUGUGGAAAUCCAGAAACAACUAACGCUAUGGUCACACCUUAGGUGAAGGAUUGACAAUCUACACGAGGAAAACGUCGACUCGCCUCAAUGCGUCUGCAGAGCUUUGUUUUCUAUGUUGCAUGAUUUUUUCACAUAUAUUCUUUACUGAUUUGAGAUAAUAAAUGCACUUCAUGUGUAUCACUGCAUCGCUUAGCAGCUGUCACAUGUCCUGAUUUUAUUGCUUUAUUGUUUUUAAAAUGAAAUAAAUAGAAUAAAACACA